AUGGUCAAUGUUGGUUUUUUUCAGAUGCGUAAUAAAUGCCGUGAUGUUGCUACAAAAGUAGCAACAGAUGUUCUGGGUAAUAAGGAGGCAGUCAGCGAAAUGUUCAAGACUACCCUGUCGAAGACAACCGUUUUUCCGUGCUACAAGGAAGUAUUUAACACAUUUGAGAAAUGCAACAAUGAUACGGUAAACUGUUUAAUGUGA